GCGUUUUGUCCAAGAAAGCAUCCGCAGCCGGCAUGUAUAAAUAAUUAAAUAUUGAUUCAAAAGACCAUCUUCCCAGACGAUCCCAGCCGUUGACGUCGUCGUGACCACUUAUUCCCAUAGGCGUCCCUCGCAGGGGAUUCUGAUCUCCAAAACCAUAAAAAGGUACCACUAUCCCUCUGCUUAACCAGUAGAAGACUCUAGAGAAAUAGAGGGAGGAAGAAGAUGGCGAACUUGUUCCAUAAGCAGGCGAAGCAGUACUCGGAGAAUCGUCCGAGUUACCCGCUGGAACUGUUCCAAUUCAUUGCGUCGAAGACGCCCACUCACGAUAUCGUUUGGGACGUUGGCACCGGCAGCGGCCAAGCCGCUCGAUCCCUAGCCGAGAUCUACAAAAACGUGGUAGCAACAGACACAAGCCAGAAGCAGCUCGAUUUCGCGCUCAAACUCCCCAACGUACGGUACCAAUGCACACCUCCCCAAAUCUCCAUCUCCGAUCUCGAGCGCGAUGUGGCGCCUCGUUCCACCGUCGAUUUAGUCACCGUCGCCCAAGCCGUCCACUGGUUCCACCUCCCUUCCUUCUACGACAACGUCCGAUUCGUCCUCAAGAAGCCCCAUGGAGUCGUCGCUGCCUGGUGCUACACACUCCCGGGACUCAACGUCGAAGAAUUCGACUCCGUCUUCCAGCGAUUUUACGACGUCGAUACCAACCCGUACUGGGAACCGGAACGGAAGCUGGUGGACGGCGCUUACAGGGGCUUGGAGUUCCCGUUCGAGCCGUUGGAAGGGGAAGAACACACGGGGCCGUUCGAGUUCGCUGCGGAGGUGGCGAUGGAGUUUGGAGGGUUUUUGAAUUACGUGAGGUCGUGGUCGGCGUACCAGAUUGCGAGGGAGAAGGGAGUUGAGCUUCUGAGGGAGGAAGUGGUGGAGAGGCUUAGGCGGGCUUGGAUGAAGGAUGGGAAUGAGAAGAGGAUGGUGAAGUAUACUGUUUAUCUCAGGAUUGGGCGAGUGGGGAGUUCCAACGCCUUGAGUGGUUAAGCCUCGUUUCCAUUGAAUGACACUUAAAAUAAAUAAUUGAAUUUUCUAUUUUAAUUAUUAAUAGUAACAAAGAUGAAUAAAAUAAAAUAAAAUAACAAACUUGAGUGUGUAUUGCAUUUGAUUGGAAAGGAUAAUUCCAAUCUAUGCUAAAAGAGUGGAUUUCGUGUGAUGACAUGACAAAUAGGGCUAAUAAGCAUUCACUCCUAUUUAAACAUGUUUUAUUCUUUCGCCAUUCAAUUAUGUUACAUUCAAGCAAAAAUUUAUAAGCUGAAAACUUUGCAAUUGCAUAUUCAUUAA